AGGUGAGCCUGAUCCGUCAUCUUAAUCAAGGUUUGGACUUUGUCAAGCUUUCACAUGAGAGAGAGAGAGAGAGAUUUGAAAUGUUUCCAUCUACGUAACUACAACAGAUCAGAGUUGGACUUAAUGGCCAUGGAUACUAUCUUUGCAACGCUGGUUUGUUACCUUCUGGUCCUUUUUGCUGUGGCACGAACAGAAAAUAAUGUGACUAUCACAUCUACCGUAACAACCGCGGGCUUAAACCUGACACACACAACUACGACGGUAGCUUCAUCCAACUCUACUCUUCGUGUGACUGUUAUCUCAAACUCAACUGAGAACACGACUCCAUUUCCCAGCACCACCCGGGACAAUGAAACGGUCACCAAAACAGAAGCUACAACUGAGAGCACAAGUCCUCUUCAGACAUCUCAGUCAACAACCGUCGCGACUCCUCUAACAAAUAAUACAUCACUGACGACCACAUCACCUGGCACUGCAACACUUACUGCGCUGUCAAAGCCGACAACACAGACCACAAUAGGUUCCAUAAGUACACCUGAUACCACAGUAAAUACAACUGCAAAUCCAUCUCACACUGUCAACACGACAUCAGAUUCAAUGUACGGAACCACACAAGGUUUGGGACUUAACAUUUCAGAUUUUAAUCUGACUGUUCUCUUCAGCGUUGUACUUGGAGUGUUUGCUCUGGCAUUGGUUGUGUUCAUGUUUCACAGAUGCAAACAUAAAAUCCAAUACUUGCAUCAACCUCUGAACAACACUGAUGACACGGAUGCAUUUGUGGCAGAGGAUGACACGCUCGUAAUUUCUGGAGGACUUUAUGAUGGCCAUCCAAUAUACGACAACGUACCAACAGCCCCAGCAGACCAAUCGCAAUUCCGUCUCCAGUUCCUCCAUUAAGAAGAGAGUUCCUACAGUUUGAGAGGUCACCUUUGGUGCUUGACAGGAUGAACAAAACCAAUUUUCUUCAUCCACCAAUUUCAACAAUUUUAAGACUGUAUUUCACCCUCUUCAUGAGAGGCUAACGGCAGAGAGGAAGGGAACAUUAGGAUGGGCAGAACAUUCAAAAAAGGACAAUGCUGAUCGAUGUGAACAUUACUUUUAAUUCUAUCACUGUCAAUACUAGGAUACAUAAAUUUACUAAAUAUAUUAAGCUAUUAAUACAUUACCAACUACACCAUUUCCCACACCAACAAUAUAAACAAAUGAGAUGUCAUUUGAACACCAGUAAAGAUAAAUUAUUCAAAACAACAGCGCUAUAACAAACAGAAUUUUUUCAAAGUACUUAAAAGCGUAGAGGGUGACUCUGCAGUCACUUAACGUUUACCUCUAAACAACAAACUGAACUAAAAAAAGCCAGAAUAAUUAAAUAUUUCUGUUGUGAACAAUACUGUUUAACUGAUCCUAAACAACGCUAUGCAUAUUAAGAAAUACAUUGGCCUGUUAAUAUUAUUACUACUGUCUAUUUGAUCCCUAUAUAUGCAUGUUAACAAAGUUGUAAUAUGAACGUCUAAUACUGUUAAAGUUACUAUUUAUCUGACCUGUAACAACCCUAUUCAUGCAAAGAUUUUCUCAUUGGUCGUCUUCUUUUUUUUGUCACAGCCAGUAACAGCCGUCCAACCAGCAUCUCUCAUCCUUUUCAUUGCAGCUAACUUCAAAGAAUUCCCUGGGGAUUUAUGAAUGGCAGGGCUCUGGAUCUGAAAAGUUGUUGAUUCAUUUUUAAAAAAAUUUAAAAACUUACCAGGGAUUAUUUCGUGUUUGUUCAUGUAUACAUAAAUACAUUUUCAAAUAGCAUGUACCUUUCUAAAGAUGUUGAGUUUGCCGUGUGGAGCGGGUAGAUUGGGUACAGGUGCACUUGCAAAGGUCUGCCAAGAAGAGAAACAGGACACCAAAUCAGCUCUUCUACAAUAUAUUCACAGAGCCAAUGAUACUGUAUUCUUCUGACAAAUAAUAAUAAAAUAAUAAAAUACAACUCACCAAGAGAUCGUUUUGAUCAGAGCUGUCAGACUUGGGGUCAAGGUCUAUGGGGCUGUCCCCCCAGCGUGCUGCCUUUUCAGCAGAUGGAGGCGUCCUUAUUCUGUAGGACUGUAAAGGAAUACAAAAAGUAAAUGUCAGCAAAAGUCAUUACUAUUUUUAUUCAUUUUGGAAAAUGUCAGAAUAAUACUGUAUAUUACUUUGAUCUUGGUUGUUCCGCCAACCCUGUUUGUAAUAUUUCUUAGGGUUUUCAGGUCUUCAUUGUGAAUUUCCUAUGAUGCAAAGUCAAUGUCAGUCUGAGUGUUAUGAUUAUGAUUGCUACAAUAGAAGACAUAAUCACACAGACUUAGCUUUUAUGUCAUACAUCAUAGCCAGUCAACAUUUACUUCAUAAAUACAUUAAACUGUUGUCCACCUUG